AUGGCGGCCCCGCUGAAAAAGGGCCCCGGGGGCCUCAUCGGCCUCAUGAAGGACGCCUUCCAGCCGCACCACCACCACCUCGGCCCGCACCAGCCCAGCACCGUGGACAAGAAGAUGGUUGAGAAGUGCUGGAAGCUGAUGGACAAGGUUGUGCGUUUAUGUCAGAACCCCAAGCUGGCACUCAAGAACAGUCCUCCCUACAUUCUAGACCUGCUUCCCGACACCUACCAGCACCUGCGAACUGUCCUGUCCUGCUACGAGGGAAAGAUGGAGACUCUGGGAGAAAACGAAUACUUCCGGGUGUUCAUGGAAAACCUGAUGAAGAAGACAAAACAAACCAUCAGCCUCUUUAAAGAAGGAAAAGAAAGAAUGUAUGAAGAGAAUUCCCAGCCUAGGCGCAACCUGACCAAAUUGUCUCUGAUCUUCAGCCACAUGCUGGCAGAACUGAAAGGCAUAUUUCCAAACGGACUCUUCCAAGGAGACACUUUCCGAAUCACUAAAGCAGACGCAGCAGAGUUUUGGAGAAAAGCCUUCGAGGAGAAGACCAUUGUCCCGUGGAAAACCUUCCGCCAAGCCCUACAUGAAGUUCACCCUAUCAGUUCCGGCCUGGAAGCCAUGGCAUUGAAAUCAACCAUUGACCUGACAUGCAACGAUUACAUUUCAGUGUUUGAAUUUGAUAUUUUUACCCGUCUGUUUCAGCCCUGGUCUUCUUUGCUCCGAAAUUGGAAUAGCCUUGCGGUGACUCAUCCUGGCUAUAUGGCAUUCCUGACCUAUGAUGAGGUCAAAGCCCGGCUUCAGAAGUUCAUUCACAAACCUGGAAGUUACAUUUUUCGUCUGAGUUGUACCCGACUUGGUCAGUGGGCGAUUGGCUAUGUCACUGCAGAUGGAAACAUCCUCCAGACGAUUCCCCACAACAAACCUCUUUUUCAAGCACUGAUUGAUGGCUUCAGGGAAGGCUUUUACUUGUAUCCCGAUGGAAGAAACCAGAAUCCUGACCUGACCGGCCUGUGUGAGCCCACACCGCAGGACCACAUUAAAGUCACCCAGGAGCAAUACGAACUGUACUGCGAGAUGGGCUCCACCUUCCAGCUCUGUAAAAUCUGUGCCGAAAACGACAAAGAUGUGAAGAUUGAACCCUGUGGUCACCUCAUGUGUACCUCUUGUCUCACGUCAUGGCAGGAAUCGGAGGGGCAGGGAUGCCCGUUCUGCCGGUGUGAAAUUAAAGGCACCGAGCCUAUUGUGGUGGACCCUUUUGAUCCCCGAGGAGGGGGAGGGCUUCUGAGGCAUGGGGCAGAAGGAGCCCCUUCUCCAAAUUAUGACGAUGACGACGACAGAACGGAUGAUUCACUGUUCAUGAUGAAAGAGCUGGCUGGUGCAAAAGUAGAGCGUCCCCCUUCUCCAUUUUCAAUGACUCCGCAGGCGGCACUUCCCCCAGUACCUCCACGGUUGGACCUUCUGCAGCAGCAGCAGCGUGUGUCCACCCCACCUGGAGCAUCAAGCCCAGGAACCACUUCCAAGGCUGCACCUGGUUCUCUCCACAAAGACAAACCUCUGCCGAUCCCACCGACUCACCGAGAUCUUCCUCCACCCCCCCCUCCAGACAGGCCCCACGCCGUUGGGACAGAGACUCGGUCCCAGAGACGACCCUUGCCUUGCACUCCAGGAGACUGUCCUUCCAGGGACAAGUUGCCCCCCGUGCCCUGUAACCGUCAGGGGGAGCUCUGGCCAUCGCGGCCAAUGUUGAAGGCGCCCACGGAAGCCUGGGCCAGUCGGGAGCUGAAGAACCGCCAUUCCCUCCCUUUCUCACUGCCUUCUCAGAUGGAUGCCAGAGUGGAGCCUCACAGACUGGGCAGUACUCUGAGCUUGGACACUCCGGUGAAUCAACUCGGUCUUCCUGCUGGCUUAGACAGCGAACAUUCUAAAAUAAAACCAUCUUCUUCUGCCAAUGCCAUCUAUUCUCUUGCUAUAAGGUCAUUGGUUGCCCCAAAGCUGCUCUCUGGAGAGGCCUCUGGGAAUGACGAAGACUCUGAGUACAUGUCCCCUUCCUCCUUGCCCCUGGUGCCCCCUGGCUGUGCUGGACAAAAGCCUGAUGCCAAACUGCCUUUGGAAAUGAAUACAGGUUCACGCGUAUUGGAGUGUGAGCAGGAAAUGGAGGGAACGACUUACGAAGCAAUGUUCAAUAUUCAGUCCCAGCCAGCACCGUGUUCCUCUGAAACUGCCAGCAUGCCUGACGUAGGGGACAUGGUAGCUGAUGAAGAUGCCCCCAAUGGUCCUGAGGAGCCGGGGAACGAGGAAGACGGCUAUGAUGUUCCCCGCCCAUCCGCCCAGCCAGCCACCACUCGUCGCACACUGUCCGAUAUCUCCAACGCAGCCACCUCCUUCAGCCACGCCUCUCUGGAUGGCGAACUUCUAGCAGAUGCCUCCGACGUCUCCCAGGUUCCCGAGAGGCCCCCGAAACCUUUGCCUCGGAGAAUAAACUCUGAACGGAAGGCGGGCAGCUGCCUGCAGGCCAGCGGAGCAGGACCAGUCCCUGCGGCCUCCCCGCAGCUCUCCUCCGAGAUCGAGAAUCUCAUGAGCCAAGGUUACUCAUAUCAGGACAUCCAGAAAGCCCUGCUCAUCGCCCACAACAACAUUGACAUGGCCAAGAAUAUUCUCCGGGAAUUUGUCUCCAUUUCUUCCCCCACGCACGUGGCCACAUAG